AACACAUGCACACAUGUGUUACAACAUAUGCAAGAUUUUAACCUGACGAUUUCUCUCCAAACCUUCUUAUUAUCUCCACGCUACAAAAUCUUUGAAAUCAACGACCUUCUCCAGCUUCAAUAACCCCUUUGACAUCCAAAUUCACAAAAUAUCAUGUCAAACAUUCACGUGAACGUUAAGAAGUCUUAUCGUUAUCAGAGUGUAUUUGGUAUAGUGCAUUCCGAGUUUCGGGAAUAGUCCCGAUGUCCAUUCAUGAGUUACUUUGUCCCAUCUAUCCCAUCGACGGUAAGGUACAAACUUUCUUUUACAUAGUAAAUGUUUAUCCUAUAAAAAUUUCUACAUCUAUCCGGCAUUUCGCUAUAGUGUCAUUUUGUUGUCUUCAACCUUUCUCAAAAUGUACAUACCCAAAGCUCCCUUGGGAGCAUUGCUCUUGAGCACGCUUCUCCAACUCACAAGCAGUUCAUCUCUACCAACCGACGUCCCUUCUCCUGAUCAAAUCAUCAUAAACCCACCCUUUUCUGAAUCUACAAAUCGCAUACCUACAUCCCGCGAAAGCGCCAUCCUCGCCCGCCGCAUUCUCCACCUCACACCCCUCGGAACCCUCUCUACCAUCUUCCCCAACUCAUCAUCCUCUCUCGAGAACCGACCCUCUAACCUCCAAAACAUCCCCAUCGGCCUCAUAGAUUACAUAGCCGAUUGCGAACCCACCACUAAUAACCCCACGAUCCUCGCAAUCAGCAUAGCCACCAGCUUUAAAAACGCUAUCUCCAAUCCGAACAUAUCCCUUUCACUAUCCUGGACUCCCCAAUACCCACCUAAAUCCCGCAUCUCCUACUCCGGAAAGCCCGACCCUUUCGCAUUCUCCGCGGCAAACCAACCGCGCUUCAGUAUACUCGGAUAUCUUGAAACCAUCAUAGCUUCACCGGAAGAGGAACAGGAUCUAAGAAAGUGUUUCGUCGAUACUCAUCCAGAUGCUAAAUACUGGCUACCGGGAAAUCGUAUCCAUCAUAGUGAAUGGAUGCGCUUAGUUGUGCAAGAGAUAUAUUGGGUAGGAGGAUUUGGAGAUCGUGCCUAUAUUGGUUGGAUACCGAUUGAGGAGUGGAGGUCCGUGGAUAAGAAAGAGUGGGAGGAGGCUAGAUUGGUGGGAGAAAAGAAGGGAUGGAAGGAAUGGGCUGUUGAGGGAUUAGGGCUGGGAGGCGCUUGGGAGUUGUGAUACCGAGCUAUUGCCAUGAGAGUGUUUGAUGAUAGGGUGUGAAUAUGUAUCCCGAGAGUCUUACAUUUGUUUAUACUUUAUUUGGUGUCUAUUUGUAGGA